GGAGAGACGGGUAAGGGUAAAUAAAAAAAAUUAGCGACUUUGUUAGAUUGCUUACUGGAUUAAAAGUGCUCAUGUCUGUAGUCAGGUGAGCACAAGCCAUUUUCUUUUUCUACUGCGAUGCGAAGCAACACCCUCCGGAAGUCCAGUACCGGACAUCUUCUUCGAUCAUCCCGUACCGCCGUCGCCGCCACCACCACUUCCUUCUGUCGCCGCCACCACCCACUGUCUCUCUCCCGCGCCACCGUUUUGGGCGUUGCGAAAUGGCGCUCUCCGCCAGCGAUGUGCCCACCAUGUACACCGUCCUCGUCAAUUCGCUCAGCGCCGACGAGGCGGCGCGGCGCCCGGCGGAGGCAGCUCUCGCGCAGUGCGAGACCCGCCCGGGCUUCUGCUCCUGCCUCCUGGAGAUCAUCUCGGCCAGGGGAUUGGCUUGUCGGGAGGAUGUCCGCCUGCUCGCCACGGUGUAUUUUAAGAACAGUAUCAACCGCUACUGGCGGCAUCGUCGCGAUUCGUAUGGAAUUAGCAACGAGGAGAAGGACCACCUUCGGAAAAAUCUUUUGCUAAACAUGCGUGAGGAAAAUAGCCAGAUUGCACUGCAGCUAGCUGUAUUAAUCUCCAAGAUUGCACGAUUGGAUUACCCAAAAGAGUGGCCAGAGCUUCUGUCUGUAUUGGCACAACAGCUGCAGUCCGCUGACGUUCUUGCUUCACAUCGCGUGUUUAUGGUCCUGUUUCGAACAUUAAAGGAGCUGUCAACUAAACGGCUUGCUGUGGAUCAGAAGAACUAUGCAGAGAUCACUGGCCAUUUGUUUGAGUAUACCUGGAACCUUUGGAAGAGUGAUGUGCAGACUAUAUUGCAGAAUCUUUCUAUGCUCUCACAGCGGAAUGACAUAGAUUCCGUUUUUGAGCAAUCCAAUGACCUUGCUUUGAUUUGCGACCGGUGGUUGCUCUGCCUAAUGAUUGUCCGGCUACUAAUUUUUUCAGGUUAUGCUAGUGAUUCAAGAACUGCACAGGAGGUCUGGCAGGUCAGGGAAGUUUGUCCAACAGUUUUGACUGCCAUUAAAUCCCUUCUUCCAUAUUACGACACCUUCAAAGACAAGCAUGCUAAACUAUGUGACUUUGCAAAAAGGGCAUGCACUAAGUUGAUGAAAGUCCUCGUUACUCUACAAGGCAGACAUCCAUAUUCUUUUGUUCACGAAACUGUGCUUUCAGCUACAGUAGACUUCUGUUUGAAUAUGAUUACAAAUCCUGAACAGACUGGCACAACUUUUGAGGAGUUCCUUAUACAAAGCAUGGUUUUGGUUAAAUCAGUACUGGAGUGCAAAGAAUACAGACCAAGUCCCAUGGGACGUGUGAUCAAUGAAAAUGAGCCUUUAAGUCUGGAGCAAAGGAAGAAAAACUUCGCAGCAGUGGCUAGUGACAUGCUGAAGGUCAUUUUGUCUGGUGAUCGAGUUGUGCUGCUUUGCAACAUUUUAGUAAGGAGGUACUUCAUUUUCACAGCAAAGGAUUUGGAAGAGUGGUCAGAGAAUCCUGAGUCCUUCCACCAUGAGCAGAAUUUGGUUCAGUGGACCGAGAAAAAACGGCCAUGUGCUGAAGCCCUCUUCAUUGUUAUCUUCGAGAAGUACCGAGAGCUUCUAGCUCCAGUUGUUGUUUCUGUUCUUCGUGAAGCUAUGGCUAUUUCUCCACCACAAGAAACAGAGGUUACUGCAGGAAUGCUUUUAAAGGAUGCUUCCUAUACAGCUGCCGGGCAUGUUUAUUAUGAACUUUCGAACUAUCUCAGUUUUAAUGAAUGGUUCCAUGGAUCUCUAUCUAUUGAAAUUUCAAAUCAUCACCCCAAUAUGCGUAUCAUUCGUAGAAAAAUCGCAUUGCUACUUGGGCAUUGGAUUUCUGAGAUCAAGGGCGACACUCGGAAAUUGGUAUACCGCGCUUUGGUUGGGUUGCUGCAGGAUAAUGAUAUAGCUGUUAGGCUAGCAGCAUGCUCUUCUCUCUGUUAUCUUUUCCAAGAAUCUUGCUUUUCUGAAUUAGAUUUGUUUGAGUGUCUUCCUACAUGUUGGACAAUGAGUUUCAAGUUGAUAGAAGAUGUACAAGAAUUUGAUUCAAAGGUGCAAGUGUUGAACUUCAUUUCAGUUCUUCUUGAACAUGCGGGGGACAAGGUUAUUCCAUUUGCAUGUCAGCUAUCACAAUUUUUUCAGAUGAUAUGGAAUGAAUCUGCGGGUGAAAGCUUGCUACAGAUACAAUUACUAACAGCACUUAGAACUUUUGUUUCUUCGCUUGGAUUCCAGUCACCUCUUUCUUACCACAUGCUUAUUCCUAUACUGCAAAGUGGUAUCAAUAUUGACAGCCCUGAUGCUCUUAAUCUUCUUGAGGACAGUGUUUUGUUGUGGGAAGCAACCCUUUCAAAUGCCCCUUCCAUUGUACCUCAACUUCUGGAUUUAUUCCCUUACCUUGUGGGCAUCAUGAAUAGAAGCUUUGACCAUCUGGAGGUCACAAUGAAAAUAAUUGAGGAUUACAUUAUUUUUGGCGGUUCAGAAUUUUUGAAAAGCCAUGGUGCAAGCCUAGCUAACAUCAUUGAUACUAUUGUUGGAAAUGUCAAUGAUAAAGGACUUCUCACUGCACUUCCUAUUGUUGAUCUUCUUAUUCAGAUAUUUCCUCUGGAAGCUCCACCAUUGAUAUCCAGUGCUCUUCAGAAACUUACCUUCAUUUCGUUGAGUCAAGAUGAUGGCCAAAACCCGUCUAGGACAACUGUCCGAGCAUCCUCUGGGGCGAUUCUUGCUAGGCUUCUGGUGAUGAAUACAAACUUUUCGGCACAACUAUUAUCAGAGCCUGCUCUUUUGGCAAGCAUCCAACAAGCAGGGAUUUCUGUGAACAAUAAUCUGCUUUUUUCUUUGGUUGAUAUGUGGAUCGACAAGGUAGAUGACGCAAAUGCUAUACAGCAGAAGGAAUACGCAAUGGCACUUUCUGUAAUCCUGACAUUACAGGUACCUCAGGUCAUUGACAAACUUGAUGACAUACUGAGUGUCUGCACUACUGUCAUUAUAGGAAGCCGUGAAGUAAAGACUGAUGACGAUACUAGCGGCGAUAUCACAAGCUCUUCAUGGAUAGGCAACGAUGGUUCAGGUUAUUCCAACACUUCAAGCAAAGAGCUGAGAAAGCGCCAGGUAAAGGAUUCAGAUCCUAUCAAACAAACAUCGCUAGAGAUGGUGUUAAGAGAGAACUUAAAAGCAUGUGCUGUUUUCCAUGGGGAUGCAGCAUUCAACGCUGCCAUCGGCAGGAUCCAUCCAUCUUCGUUUGCUCAGCUGCAACAGGCCCUGAAUACUGCAUAAGAGUGCAUAGCUGCUUACUGGAUUGUAUGGAGCAUUACGUGGAGCAGGCAUUGCUUUGUGAGGUGCUGACAGACAGUUGAAUCGCGGUAUGACACAGCAGUGCAGUGCAGAGAGAGCAUGUCCUGAUCUUCCGAAAUAUAAUUGGAUUGGAUUGGAUUACCGCGGUCAAUGUGGAUGGCCAGAGUUUUUAUAGCUGUCCUUCCAACAUGACUGACUCGAUCUUCUCCCCUCCCCCUUCUCAAAUCAUGGCCAGGCAUCCAUCCUAGUUGAUUUUUAUCCCUUGUUUAGCGAGGUGACGCCGAGAUUGUUGUUUGAGAAGGAAAUCUGGAAUGCAAUUUUGUUGUACGUUUUAUGUUCCCAUUAGGAAUAAAAAUGUUCUUUACAUUCACGUA